CGAGACAACAAAGGAUGCUGGGGAGGCAUCAUGGCGGAAGAUGAGAAACCCGCCAUAGUAAAGAGAGUGAAGAAAGAGGAAGGCAGUAAAAAAGAAAUUAACCUCACCGAUGAACUUUUGGUGAGCUUACCGGUGAAGGAUUUAAAUACUAUUCUGCGAGGUUUCACUGACGAUGAGAUUUAUCGCAUCAAACAGCGAAGGAGAACAUUGAAGAAUCGGGGUUACGCUCAAAAUAGUCGGACCAAGCGCGUGCGCCAGAAGGAAGAUCUCGAAGUCGAAAGACAACAACUCCGCGAAGACUUAGAGCAACUUGCCAAAGAGAACGAUAGCUUGAAGAGAGAACGUGACGAAGCGAGGAAAAAAUACGAUUCGUUACAAAAAUUAUUGACUAACAGGACGAAAACUGUGGGUCUGCAAUUGAUUGAUGGGGUUGGCCACGAGUCUUCGUCAACUGGCGACCACGAGAUCCAAAUCGACGUGGUGGGAGACGAAGAAGAAAAAAGUAACUUUAAAGAUUCACAAGAUUCCGAUCUUUCCGACGAUUAUCGAUCGAGGUCAAGGAAGUCUUCGUUUCGAUCGUCAGACGAAGGAGAAGAAUCUCGAUGAAUGAACUCGAAUAUUAUCAAGUAAGACACAGUGUACGAACAUUUACGGUCUUUGUUUACAAACGACAAGAUAUAGAAUGCAGACAAUACAAAUCCCGAGUAAAAACCCUAGUCAUAUUUCUGAUCGUAGUAAAAUUCUCCAUAUCUUUACGAAAGACCCUUAUUUCGAUAGAAAUGCAAUAUUUUGGUAAUACAGUGUGUUCUAAGACGUUUCUGUGUAAUGUUCGUAGAUGUGUAAAUAUCCGCUGUAAUCACGUAUACAAAUGUAUGUAAAGUCCUGGUGUACAAACAGGUAAAAUUCCUCAAAAUAUUUUUAACAUUUCAUUCCGCGUUAAAAACGGUUAAACUUUCGAUUUCAUAUCUCGUCUUGUUUGCCUAAAUGUCUAAUCGCCGUAGGAAAAGUUUCUUGUACAUAUAUUUUUAUCUUUUACAAAGGUGAGUGGUUGCAGUUUCUAGACUGUACUACAAAUUGUAGUCUUCAUUGAAUCAAUGAACUUUGAAUGAAUCUCAACGUGAAAAAAAUAUCUAGGCCUUCGAAUGCAUUUCUGUUUCUCUUUAGAUCGAAUUUAACUUGUUCCUGUUAGAUUCUGCUCUAUGAAUGAAUAUAUCACCAUUAUUUUCAAUAUUGGUCAUGCUGACAAUGCAGUUUUUAAUUUAUGGGUGUGGUCCUUUUAUACAUUUUAAUUAAAAAAAACUGAAAUGCAUUUUGAUUAUUUCCAUUGAAAUCGGUGAAGGUUUCACAACUUCAACUUGUAUAAAAGAGAAACAAAGCUGAUAGAACCUUUUGUUUUAAUGAUGAUUACCAAAUUGAAUUUAACUAUUUGGAUUAUUACAGCUGACAUUUUCACAACCAAACAGUGAAUUCCAAACAGGGGUCAGUGUUUGCCCUUCAUUCAAACUCAUUGAAAUUUAAUUCAAUUCAGUUAUUUGAAACUUUUCACAAUUCAAUUUCAGCAAAACAGUGAACCCUUUAACCCUAAAAUAUCAGUAUGUAUAUUCUCUGUACCGUUCUUUACACAUUUCUUAAGAUGCUGACAAGGAGAAUUUAACAAUCAAGAGCUUCUUUAGUUGUUGAUCAUUUCCUUU